UCUUUAAUUUUAUUUAAGAAAGUGAUAUACCUCAAGGCUAACAUGGGUAACAUAUCCCAUAUGCCGGCAUCUGUACAUCCGCCGUGUCUCUGUCGGCAUCUUCCAGUCCACAGUCGCGAAUCUCAAUCGCCGUGGAUAUGACCUGUAUUCGUUUGGUUCUUCGGUUGCUCUUGCUCUCCUUUUUCAGUCUUCUGGAGGCAGUUUCUCAAGACCGGAUUAGGCGUUCCAAUGUGGUUCUGGUCAUCUUUGAUGAUUUGCGGCCGGUGCUCGGCGCCUAUGGGGACUCCCUGGCUAGUACUCCGAACUUGGAUGCCUUUGCUCAGGGCAGUCAUGUGUUUACGAGAGCCUAUAGUCAGCAAGCUCUUUGUGCACCCAGCCGAAAUUCUCUCCUCACUGGUAGACGACCGGAUACCCUGCACCUUUACGAUUUCUACAGUUACUGGCGGACCUUUUCCGGAAACUUCACCACCCUGCCGCAGUACUUCAAGGAGCAUGGCUACUACACCUACAGCUGCGGCAAGGUCUUCCACCCGGGACUCUCCUCGAACAACACGGAUGACUAUCCUUUGAGCUGGUCAGCUCCCGCUUUCCGGCCACGAACAGAACAGUUCAUGAACUCACCUGUGUGCCCGGAUAGGGAGGGGAUCCUCCGCAAGAACCUCAUCUGUCCUGUGGAGCUCCAAACGCAACCGUUUAAGACACUACCGGACAUAGAAUCUGUGGCGGAGGCGAUGCGAUUUGUGGAGUCGCGAAAGCAUAACCACGCGGAACCCUUCUUCAUGGCAAUGGGAUUCCACAAGCCACAUAUCAACUUCCGCUUUCCCAAACAAUUCCUAUCGAGAUUUCCCCUCCAAAAGUUUUAUAAUUACACGGAGGACCGACUCAAGCCACCGAAUAUGCCGGCUGUGGCCUGGAAUCCCUACACCGAUGUCCGAGCCAGGGAUGACUUCAAGCACUCGAAUAUAUCCUUUCCCUAUGGACCCAUUUCCCAGCACCAGGCUGCCCAGAUACGCCAGGGAUAUUACGCCUCUGUGGCCUAUGUGGAUGAUCUUUUUGGAAAGUUGAUGUCCGGCUUGGAUUUGGAUAAUACUGUUGUGGUGGUGCUGGGGGAUCAUGGUUGGUCUCUGGGGGAGCAUGCCGAAUGGGCCAAGUACAGUAACUUCGAGGUGGCUCUAAGGGUUCCACUGAUUAUCCGAAGCCCCCAGUUUCCUGUGACUAAGCCGAAGUACCAUCAUGAUGUCAGUGAACUAUUGGAUGUGUUUCCCACUUUGGUGGAUCUGGCUGGACUGCCACCACUCUCCACAUGUCGCAGUAACCAGGAUCUAACCUGCGGCGAAGGAAAGAGUCUCUAUCCUCAGAUAAUGGGGUUGGGAACGGCUGAUGAGCAUGUGGCCCUCAGCCAGUAUCCCCGUCGGGGAAUGCUACCCACAAAGCAUCCAAACAGCGACAAACCAAAGCUGCGAAAUAUUAAGAUAAUGGGCUAUAGCCUCAGGACUGAUCUGUAUAGGUACACCCUUUGGGUUAGAUUUCACGCCCAGAACUUCAGCAGAGACUGGCAUGAUGUUUAUGGCGAGGAGCUGUACGACCACCGCCUGGAUUCUGGCGAGGAAUUCAACCUAGUGCCCCUGCCCGAGUUCGAUGAUGUGCGCCAAAGACUGCGCCGGCGUCUCAUGGAGGUCGUGGGCAGUUAGUGGAGAUCUCCCCCACUCUACAUCCCCUCCUUCCCGCCCUUGAUGAUUUUCAACAAAUUCAAAAACAAUAAAAAAGAAGGAAAGGAAAGACACUGCGACAAACUAUCUCGAGACAGCGAAUAUCUUGUCGCCAUAAUUGGAAUUUAAUACUUCCGGUUGGGCAACAGAAACGACGCCCAGACAGGCUGCAUAUUUUUCGCUGUAAUUUCUGCGAUGCCCCCCCUUGGAAGCCGACUCCCCUGAAUCGGAUUCACUAUACUACACUACCACUCCAUGCCAUUCCGGCACCGAUUCGAUCCGAUCCGAUCCGAACCGAUCCAAUCCGCGCAUGCGUGACUUGUGUCCAUUGCCUUUUUGGCUUCGUUUUUGUGAAUUUUUGUGAAUGAAAUUUCAUUCAACGUUGGCGGCGCGCGUCUCGCUGCGUUGGCGUCGACGGCGACAGCGGCGUCGAAGCCCCAAUCGGGAGUACACUGAACUAAAAAAUUAUUAUAGUUUAGGGAUAUUUUAAAUAGUUUAAUGAUUUUAUAUGAAUGUCAGACGAAGGAAAUUAAGAUUUUUGUGGAAUCGUAUAUUUUUUAUUUUUAUAUAUUUAUAUAAUUUAUUUUCUCUGUAAAAGUGGCGAGUCUUGAAAGCUUUCAUUUUCGCUCUGGCUUGUUGCCAGGCGAGUGAAAAUCCCCGGCUCCGAGUCUGGUAAUUAAAUCUGCAGUCCGCUGGCUGAUCGAUGGCUCCUCCUCUUCCUCCGGUCUUAACCCCAUCGUGUUUAACCCACUCUUAUGCGACGUGCUCUCUAAUGUGCAUUUUUGGUGUGGGCCGCCUCCUUAUGCCAUGUGCCAUGUGGGUUGUCUUUCUGGAGGUGAUUAAACUGCAUUUUGGCAGCACUUUCGGUACUGCACUCUGCUGCGCCUGCGCAUUUGGAAAUAUUUGUCCCAAACAAGGCGUGGCAGCUUCAAUUUAUGAUUUUUUCAUAUUUUUUUUUUAUUUAUUUUUUGUUGAAAGCUUGAAACCACUUUUACAAUUCCAUUCACUAAUUUUGGUUGAUUAUGGAGUGGAAAAAAAUAGUAGAAAAAACAGUAAAAAUAGUUGCUUAUUAUGUUUGUAGAUUUUUAGUUUCAAUUAUUAAUAAAUAUUAAUAUUUUUAA